AUGACGGAGUCUGUUUUUGCGAAGUCUGUAAGAAUAGCGGCAGUUGUUUCACUGUAUUGGUAAGAAAAUGGCUCAGACAAUCGCACAUAUAAGAAUGAUUUGUUAAUUUAGGCGGCGAAGCGUUGCCACGUUGUAAAACUUUGUAAUGAGCUUCCAAAUUUUAGGUUCCAGCUAUUAAUUUUGCUGUUUUUCUGUAUGUUUAGGGUGAUUUCCAUAUCCAUGGUGUUUUUGAAUAAGUACUUGCUAAGCAGUCCGGAUUUGAAGGUAAAAAUAAUUUCUGUGAGAAAAAUUUUGAAAUGUUCAUCAUAUCUGCCCUAGUUUAAGCUUAAUUUUAUUUUUGUGAAUAACUUAGUAAAUGUAGAAGUAAUGGUAUACCGCAGAAAUCGAUGAAUUUAAAGACGAUCCAUUUUAUCAAUUAAUGUCAGAGCCUCUGUUUAGGAAGUGAGCCUGCCCUUUGGUAAGAUUUCUGUGUAACCCCAUACAUUUACAUGCAUACAUGUUUCAACCCUAUUCAUAUUAAACUAUUUAUGAUUCCCUUAGGAUUAUUCCACCAAAUUGUCAAAUUCCAGUGCUGUGUCGGGUUCAAGUCUCGCUCUGGCCACUUGCUGGAUCUGUUCUCGCUUGUCCUGAGUCCAAAUCCUAGGCCAGCCAACUGUUUGUCUGCUGCCAGUUGGGGUUUUUAAUCCUGUUAUGUUGUAUUUGAAUUAUUUGCUUCUAAGGCCAGGUUCAGACACCGCUCCACUCAUGUGCUGAACCUAAACCCAUGAAUUAAGUACAGCAAAAGAGUGGCGUCUGAAUCAAUUUGGUCUGUCAGUUUUAGUUAGGUGCGGCAAAAGCGUUUGGUGCGGCAAAAGUUUGACAGAGUCUGUCGAACUGUUGUCGAACUUAACUUAAGUUCGGCACACGGUGCACUGUCUGAAUCAGAUGUCGCACCAGUGUCGCUCCGAAGUGGAACUUAUUCAGGUACCGGUAGGUUUAGGCCAUGAAAAGUACAGUAUCUGAACCAGGCCUAAGUAUUUGAGUGCAGUACCUGUAAACUAGCUGCAUAAGCUAAAUGCACUUUCCACUAUAAACAAGCCUUUAAACCUUUUUAUUAAACCCCUUCAUUAGGCCCUUUGCAGCUAGUCAUUCACAUAGUCCAAACCAGCCAUGAUAAAGAAAAAGGGAUGCAAUUGGAAAAGACAAACUAAGGAGAAUGUUGUGAGCUCUUCAUUCGUCUUGUUCCAGUGCAUCCCUUGCUCUCCAGCAUGGCAGUUUUGUACCAAUAAUUAUUUUAUAAAUUUUAGCCCUGCAAAAUGCACUUCUUGAGUUUUUUCAAGGUUCACAUUGUUAUUGCUUCCCGGUUGGGGUAACUGCAGUCGUGCUUUCAUCCAAAAGUGACACAGUGGUCGCCUCCACCUAUAUUUUUGCCAUUAACCAUUAUUUUCACUCAUCUCCUAAACUCAUCUAGAGCCGAUUUUUGAUAUUCACUAAGUCAUAAGCACUUGGACAACUUUGCUUUUGACUCUGAUACCAAUUCUGUCACCAAUGAAAACCCACGUUUAGAGUUUAAGUUGCUACCCCCCACAAAACAGAAUACUAAUACCUUUUAGGAUAGCCUGUGCCAUGGACAGAACUAAUCCUCUGUUUAAGUCCUUCUUUGAGCCAGCAUCCAAAUCCUUGUGCUAGAUCCUUCACUGUGUAACAGAAUUUGAGUAUGCACCAUGGCUGGCCAGUUAAAAAGCCAUUUUUCAAUUGGCCAGUUACGUUAAAGGGAAAUUCAAAACACAUGUGGUAAUUUUUUAGUCUGCUUCUGGCCAGAACAAAAAUCUUAGUGCUGCUUCACAGAAGUUACUAGCUGGGGUUAGAUUAUGUCUGGGAUACAGGCAUGGUUCGCACAGGGCUUGUAAAGUUCUCGAAAAUUGAAAAAUUGUUGGAUAUCCUUGAAAAGUCCUUGAAUUUUCCACAGAAGUCCUUGAAUAUUUUUGAAAGCUCCUUGAAUAAAAAUUAACUUUCAUUUAAAUAAAAAACAUGUUUUGGGCAAAGGAAUGAUUGAAAGCACAGCAAUACACAGAUUUUCCUGGGUGAUUUCUGAAAUAGUUUAAUUUCCAACCCCCACCCCCCCCUCCAAUGUCUCUCCUUUCAGCAUGACUGCUUUGUAGAAAAUCUCCCAAUGAGGAUGCCAUCUGCAGUCAUUUGAUCCUGUUUGUUGCUUUCUUUUGCUUUUCAGCUUGAUGCACCAUUGUUUGUCACAUGGUUUCAGUGUGUAGUGUGUCUAGUUUGUUUGUUUCUGCUGAGUUUCCUGGGAGAAGAUUAUCCCUGGAUAGAUAAGUUCCCAGCUUUUUCCAUUGACCUGAAAGUUGCUAGACAGGUGGGUACGUGACUUGUUAGUCUGGCUAAAUUGACCAAUCACAGCACACAAUACUGAGGUAAAUCUCCAAUACUGCCCUCAUCAUUAUUUCAAAAUAAUUAUCUCUUUUGCCUAGGUCCUUCCCCUAUCAGCUGUUUUUGUUGGAAUGAUCACCUUCAAUAACUUGUGCCUCAAACAUCUUGGUGUGUCCUUUUACAAUGUUGGAAGGUCCCUAACAACAGUUUUCAAUGUGGUAAGAAAAAUUAUAUAAUAAGUUACCAUUACUCUAGAGACAAGAGUUCUUCUUUUAACAGUGUACAAUUAUUUGGGUUUUUCAUUUUGUUUUGUCUUUUUUUUUUCUGUCAAAUUAUUAAAUUUUGUAUUAGCUCAAAAGUGUCAUAAACUGACCCAAUCCUUCAACAGAUAUUUUGUUGGCAGACAUCUUGGAUCCAGUCUGAUACAACAGAAGUUCAUAAAACCAUAAGCUAACAAACAAGACCAUAAAUUUGAGGGCUAUUACAGUCUAACCUUGAUAUCAUAAUAAUAAUGGAAUUUAUAUAGUGCUUAUACAUCGCUGUUCUAACAAAGGGACAAGGGACUAGCUAAAUUUGCUUGCGACAGCGUAUAUCGAGGUUUUGUUAUAAUAUUAUCAAGGUUAUUUUUCAUAUAUUUUACUAUUACUUGGGUUAAGAGAAUCUUUUGUUAUACGGAGGUCUUGUAGAGGUUAUAAUAGAGGUUUGAUCACGGUUCCACUGUAUGAAAUAAAAAUAAUAUUGUCAUGAAACAUGCAGAGCUUACAGACAAUAGAUAGAUGAAAGUUGUUUAUCAUUUAUUUCUAAGAAAGGAAACAAAAAAAAGGUACAGUAAAAAUAUAAGUAGUUAUAAGCAAUUCUGAGAAUGAGUUUACCUGUAUUUCUUUUAGAACUGCAGUAGAAUCCCAAUUUUUCAAACCUUCUUGGGAAAAGCAAAAAGGUUUAAGUUAUAGCGAAGUUAAAAUAAUUCAGGGAAAAUCAUGAUGUUUGACUGGUGAAGGGAGUUAGUAUCAGUUCAAAUUACAGGUGUUUUGGAGAAGCAAGUAUUCAAGAAUUCAGGAUUCUACUGUAAUGAAGAAAAUUUGUUUUAAAAUUAAGACUUUUUAUCUUUUACUUUUUCCUAGAUCUGCACAUAUAUCAUUCUUGGCCAAAAGACGUCUAUCAAAGCCAUGCUUUGCUGUGCCAUAAUCAUUUCAGGUUUUCUUUUGGGAGUUGACCAGGAGGGGAGUUCAGGAGAGCUCUCAUACAUGGGUGUCCUGUUUGGUGUGUUGGCAAGCCUGUGUGUUUGUUUGAAUGCAAUCUACACCAAAAAAGUACUGCCUUUUGUCGACAAUAAUAUCUGGCGCCUGCAACUUUACAACAACUUUAAUGCAAUUUUUCUGUUUCUGCCACUUAUGGUCAUCUGUGGUGACGUCAAAGCUAUUUAUGGUUUUGAAAUGAUUACAUCCGCGUACUUUUGGGGAAUGAUGACCUUAGGCGGUCUUUUUGGAAUUGCAAUUGGAUAUGUGACAGGUCUACAAAUCAAGGUAACGAGCCCAUUGACGCACAAUGUGAGUGGAACUGCAAAGGCCUGUGCCCAGACCAUUCUGUCAGUCACCGUUAAUCAGGAAAUAAAAACAGGACUCUGGUGGCUUAGCAACAUGCUGGUGAUUGGCGGGUCAACUGCUUAUACUGUCGUGAAACACUCAGAGAUGAAAGCUCAACUCAACCAAAGGACCGUACCAACCAAAGGCAAUGGAAACGAGAAAGGCGGUGAUAAUGUUGUUUAA